AUGACGUUAGACUAUACAUAUAAUGAAGGUUUUGGUAACCAUUUCUCCUCUGAAGCGUUACCUGGUGCACUUCCCAAGGGUCAAAAUACACCUCAAAAGUGUCCUUACAACCUCUAUGCUGAACAGUUGUCCGGAAGUGCAUUUACUGUUCCUAGAACGCAUAACCAGAGAAGCUGGCUCUAUCGUAUCCGUCCUUCUGUUGUCCACUCACCUUUUAUCAACAAAUCCGGUGAAAACCUUUUGGUUUCCAAAUUCGGUGGUGAUGAUGUCUUGAUUACGCCUACGCAAAUUCGUUGGAGUCCAUUUGAUAUACCUAACAGGGAGACCGAGAAAGUUGAUUUUGUUGAGGGUUUAAAAUCCUUAGCGGGUGCAGGAGAUCCUGCCUGUCGAAGUGGACUUGCCAUUCACAUUUAUGCUGCAAAUACGGACAUGGAUCAUACUGCCUUUUAUAAUUCAGAUGGAGAUUUCUUGUUGGUACCUCAACAAGGUGUCUUGGAUAUCACCACUGAAUUUGGAAAAAUGUCGGUGGCUCCAAAUGAAAUUGCCGUAAUUCAAAGAGGUAUUCGUUUCUCUGUUGCUCUUCCCGACGGACCAUCACGCGGUUAUGUGCUUGAAGUAUUUGGUGCUCACUUUGAAUUACCAGAUCUUGGCCCCAUCGGUUCCAACGGACUCGCUAAUCCUCGCGAUUUCUUAACUCCCGUUGCUGCUUUCACGGAAGAUAACAAUUCUGACUGGGAAAUCAUCACAAAGUUUAACGGUAAAAUGUUUACCGCCAAACAAAAACAUACACCCUUUGAUGUCGUUGCCUGGCACGGUAACUAUGCUCCCUAUAAAUACAACCUUGCCAACUUUUGCGUCAUCAACAGUGUCUCCUUUGACCACAUUGAUCCUUCAAUUUUCACAGUGUUGACAGCAAAGUCGGAUACACCCGGUGUUGCUGUUGCUGAUUUUGUGAUUUUCCCUCCUCGUUGGGCUGUACAAGAAAAGACGUUCCGUCCACCUUAUUUCCAUCGUAAUUGUAUGUCUGAAUUUAUGGGAUUAAUCAAUGGAGACUAUGAUGGUAAAACUGACGGAUUUUCACCUGGUGGUGGCUCACUUCACUCUGCCAUGACACCUCACGGCCCUGACGCCGCAGUAUUUGAAGGUGCCUCUAAAGCUGAAUUAAAGCCAGUAUAUGUGGGAGCCAAUAAUCAAGCGUUCAUGUUUGAGACCUGUUUUAUGUUGUCACUUACACCUUGGGGAUUAGAGACAUGUGGUAAAGUGCAAGAGAAUUAUUACAAGGCUUGGGAGAAAUUAGAAAAUAAAUUUAAUGGAAAACCUUGAUAAAAAAAGAUAAUAAAAAUAAAUAAAAUGU